UUCUUUGUUAACGUUAUAUAUAUUUUAUAUGUAAUUAACGAUCAUUUACGUAGACAUUAGUCCUCCCCCUGAUUUGUCACUCACAUUCAUAAAGCUCUUUGUCGCACUGUAAUAUGAAUGUAACAUAACAGUGUUUUCACGAAUGGCAAUUUGACUUUAGCGGGAAAUUCAAAUACUUCCGAAAUGGGAAUAAACAAUUUUUUGGGUUUUUUUGCAAGUGUUUAUUGAAUGAAAUAACAAAGAAAACUAAUAAUAAAAUGAAAUAUAUAAAAUAUUGGCUAAUAUACUUCUUUUUUGUAGAAAUAUAGGCCAAGAUCAUAAAGGAAUAGAAAAUCAAUACAUCAGACAAAAUAACCUGACUAAGUUAAGAUGUUAUUCCAUGGUAGUAUUUUCCGAAGAACUGCGGGUUCUGUGUUUGGGAUAUCUAACUUUCCCGAGUUCGAUUUUAUAUUAGGUCAAGGGCUUAUACAAGUACUAGUGCCUAGAUGUAAAAUAGGUCCCGAAAUUAGUAACAAAAAUGUCGUUGAAGGCAUACGAGGAUGCUUGCACAAGAGCCGAAUUAUUUGGACAACCUUUACCAGACAAAGAAGAGUUUUUAGAAAAACAUAAACAUUUGGACGUGGUUGAAUUCGAGGAAAUCGAAAUUAGAACUGCUGAGAACACGGCCAUGCUAGAUGACCGUAUGAAGGAAGCCAAUGGCGGUUUGCAGGAGUUAAACACCAUUCUAAAUUCUACACAAACGAAAAUUAAUAAACUGAAGGGGUUAGGCCCAAAUGACAACGAGAUGACGCCACGACAAGAUGGCGGCGUGCAAAAUGGCGGCAAACAAGAUGGCGGCGAUAUAAACACAGCGCUGAAGGAUUUGGAAGACAUGCAAAACACAUCGUUGAUUAAUAAAGGGGCUGUCAAAGAUAUUGGCAAACAGAUAACUUCACAACUCCGCGUUCGAUCAGCAGCGAUGUUCCUCGUCUUGUUUCUCUGCCCAUUCGUGCUGGUAGCUGCUAAUCCGUUCCACAAGUACCCAUAUGUGUUCUUACUGGACGUCGGCAAUGAAGAGUUACAGAAGACGAACACGGAACAAAUAAGACUUACCAUACCAGGAGGUUCCCUAGCGUUGAGGUAUCCAGCUGUUGACACGGGAGAGACUAUAGCUCAUGUUAGAGUGAGCGGAAUAGAUUUUGGAACAGAUCUCAAAGCCAAUAUUGUAGACGGCGGGCCUGGUUACAAAUACGUCGUUGUUGUAUUCAUGGGUAACCAAGGUGUCCCGUAUGAUGCUGUGAUGACUAUCCAGACAGUAUCCGAUAGUGAUAUUAACGACGUUAAUGAAAGCAGCGAAGGUAAUUUGAGCAGUUCCAGUUUUAAAGAUACCAAAGAUGAUAACAAUAGUGCUGAGGUGACAGAUAAUGAAACUACAAAUGAAGAAACCGCGAACACAAAUUCAAUUGAUGCAAAUGACAGCUCGGAAGAUAUGAGUGAUGAUACAGAAAGCCAAAAGGUUGGAAAUAGUAACACGGAAGUAAGUCAGGGUAGUUCAAAUGUUUAUAGCUAUGCGAAGAACGAAGAAAAUGAAAAUGUUGAUGAUGAUGAUGACAACAAAGGGGAUGAUGGAGACGAUUGUGAUAGUGAUAACUUAGGAAAUGAUAAUGAUAUUCACAGUCAGUACAGUGAAACUCGUCAAGAAAUGGAAGUUAAUGAUUAUCAAAAAUAUAGCGAUAUGAAUUACGAGUACAAUAGUGAUCAAGAUGAACCGGAGCAAAGUGUUUCUAGUGUAUUCGAUGAUGACGAAAACGACGAUAAGCCUGCAAGAGCGAUAGGUAAUAAUUUAUACCAAAGUUAUGCAAUGAUCAGACCUGCUUUAUACGGUGGAGUGAGGUUUUACCCUCAAAACGCUGUGCCUUUCAUGGCGCGUGAUAAUAGUGGUUCAGCUUUUAAUCAAGCAGCAUUUGAUCCAGCUUUUGAAGAUGAAAAUGAACACAACCAACCUGAAAAGUUCAGAGACUCUAACAACAAUUUUUUCGAUUCAGAUGACAGCUCAGCUAUCAUGUCCUAGAUUUAUUCUGAUACUUAAGAACUAGUUUUGUAAAUAAGUCAUAAUAAGUAAGGAAAUAUUACCUUUAAUUAGAUAAAAAAGUUAAUUCGUAAGUCAGGUUUUUAUUUACUCAACACUAACAAAACAGUUGCAUUCAUUUAAAACAAUUUCUAAUAAAGUUUAAAGUUCGAUAAGAAAAUAAAUAAUAAAUCUAUCUUUAUAUGAACAAUUUACUGAAUUAGCAAUCAGAUAUCGUUUAAAUGUGUUUGUGGUGGUGUAGUAACAUCAAAUCAUAUAAUUUUCAAGUGUAAUCAUGUGCGAAUAAAGUUGAAUGAGUUAUGGGCUUAUAAAUAAUUUAAAAGCAAUGUUGAAGAAUUGAUGUCAUUCUAUUUUCUUUUCCGUAGGCGUACACGCGUUCCAAUCAAAACGAUUGGCAAAAUAAUGUUAUAUACAAUUAACCAGUUUUUAGAUAAGUUCAGUUGACAAACAUUAUUCUUAUCCUAUGCGAUGGAUUAGGAAUCUUAAGAAGCGUUAAUAGUAAGGUUGAUAUUUGUGUGGCUAUAACCGGCGGCUUCGUUUUCAAUAAUUGGGAAGCCCUUAUUAUCUCACCGGGUAAUCUGCGUUAUCUUAUUCAAAUGACGCAUGAUAUAAGUAAAUUAGUGUUUCUUUUUGAGAUACACGUGGUCCAUUUUUGGUAAUUUAUUUCUUACACGCGCUACGUUUGUACGUCGUGUCAUGUUAAACAAGUAGGCACCUACUUAUUUCGCUUUUUUAUUUAUAUGGAAUUUCCAUUAGCGUAACUUUAAUAAACUUUGAUUAGCAAUAGCAGGUUAUCAAAUGUCAAAUCCAUAGAAUCGAUUAUGAGGAAAAUGAAAAGAAUGCCCAUUUGUUUUGAGCAGAAUAG